GACGAUGCCAAGCGUUAACAAUGGCCGAAACUUUAAUAGAGGAAGGCGAACGUCCAACUACAGAAAGACUAGAGCGACAAGUAAUCGUUCGUCAGGUCACCCCUGAACUCCCAGUACAUUUAAAACUCCUGUUGGCAUCAACAAUUGUUCUAGUUGUACUCGUCUUAGGGACGAUAAUUUAUUUUAUAUACGCUAAAUAUGCAAACGAAUGACAGCAGCGAGAACUACGGAGCAGAUACAGGUGUCUGCUCACAGUUUACUAGUGAAGAUGCACGGAACGACUUGGACUUUGCCGGAAAACAGAUGUUUUGUAAUGAUGAAGAGUUUUGCACCACGGAAAAAGCCCACAAGGAUGCGAAUGGAUCGCCACAAACCAAGGCGCAAUGGAAUGACAUCACUUUCAGCAGUGAUGAUCAAGGUCAAACUGGUGAUUCUGAAACAUAUCCUGAUACCUAUGAAAACAUGAUAUCAAGGAUGGGUGAAAUUGAGAAGACUUUGGCAACUGUUAAAGAAACAUUAUCCACAGCAAGUGUGCGUUGCCAUCUGCUUAAUGUUGAUGUUGUUACAAUGUUUAGUCCAGAAAUGCUGGACAUCCUGAACAUAACGAAGGAACAGUGUGAAGACUGUAUAAAAGCAAUGAAGACUUUGUCUGCUGAGGACUACUGACCAAAAAAUAUAUAUAUAUAUACUUAAUGAGAGGGCUCAUGAGAACUCUUAAAAUUCCUACAAUGCGUUUGGAAGAGGCAACUGAAUAGCUAUUCUUUGUUUAUUGCACAAAACAUAACUGUGCCAUAUGUAAUUUGUAAGAAUAACAUGGCAUAGAGGAUAAUGACAAUUUUCAGCCGUAUUUUGAUUAUGCAAAUUGCAUGGUACACAAUUUUCACAUGUGACCUGGUUGUUGAAAAAUAGAAGUGGCCUGAAAGCCCUUGUUCAAUGUCAUUUUGGUUUGCAAUUGAUGAUUCAGAUUAAUUUCAAUUCUUGGUGAAGAAUUAUAAAUUUGAAGAAUUGCUUCAUUUAAUACUUUGUACACAACAAUGAGUUGUUGAUACUAUUUAUUUCUGAUAUACAAUUUAUCUUGCAGCUAAUAUUUUACAAUGUUGCUAUUUAUACAAUAAA